AUGCAGCAAGAGGAGCCAGCCGAUGUUGAGGAUGAGUGGCGCUAUUACCACGAUCCGGUAGUGCGCCCCCCCAAGGGGCAUCUCUGGUCUACUGGUCUGGAGGGCGAUGAUGAUCACGGGCACGAGGGCGACUGGCUACAAGUUGUAGAGUCCUGGCCCAAAGGUCACCUCCCGGCGCCAGAGCUCUUGGCCAACCUGCUAAAGGCAGAGCAAGCUCGAGACAUCAGCAUUGUUGAUCUGGAUGAGUGCGAGAGGAGCAUGACGGCUGAUCAACGGAAGGAUUAG